UUCUCUCUUUAUCUAAUCCACAAACAUCUUCACACGCGCAAUCUCACCUUGGAAUGGCUGCAUCCAUGGCGCAUUGCGUUUCCUGCUACGGACUAACGGCCAAGCUGAAUACGCUCAACCUCUCUACCGCUCCAAAUGCUGCAUUCAAGCCACUCAGCUUCUCGUCCAACACUUGUACCCUCAGUCUUUUCUCAAGAGGUUUGGUGUCGGUCUGCCCGGUGCAAUUGAGCCCUAAACGGCGCUCGAUUGUGUGCGAAGUGGGGACGAAGAAGGCGGAUUCGGCGGCAAAGAGGGCUCGCCAAGCGGAGAAGAGGCGAAUUUACCACAAGGCUAAGAAAUCCGAAGUUAGGACCAGGAUGAAGAAGGUUCUUGAAGCACUUGAAGUUCUGGUGAAGAAGCAAGGGGUUGAGGCCGAGGAAAUUCUCCCAAUUGAGAAGUUGAUCGCUGAAGCAUACUCCGCAAUUGAUAAAGCUGUGAAAGCAGGAACCCUCCACCGGAAUACUGGGGCAAGGAGAAAGUCCCGGCUUGCUAGGAGGAAGAAGGCGGUUGAGAUCCACCAUGGCUGGUACACGCCUUCUCCGUCUGAAGCCACAACGGUGUAAUGUCCAUUCCUUGUUUAGUUAAUUUGUUGUAUAUCUCCAGCACGAAACAGUAGGUGAACUUUUCUCUGUUCUGCACUGCCUGUGUCUGAUAUGUGAUUUAAUAUUAAUUCCACCAUUGUCACUCA